UAAGGCCCGGCCCUGGUUGCCGGAGUGCUAGGCCACCGCUGCGGCCAUGGGGGACACUGCCAUUAGGCACAUCGCCCUUCUGGGCUUCGAGAAACGUUUCGUCCCUAGCCAGCACUACGUGUACAUGUUUCUGGUGAAGUGGCAAGACCUGUCGGAGAAGGUGGUUUACCGGCGCUUCACCGAGAUCUAUGAGUUCCACAAAACGCUCAAAGAAAUGUUCCCUAUCGAGGCUGGAGAUAUCAACCCUGAGAGCCGGGUGAUCCCACACCUCCAGGCCCCCAGGUGGUUCGACGGCCAGCGGGCGGCGGAGAACCGUCAGGGCGCCCUUUCCGAAUAUCUCCACACACUCCUGGGACUGCCCACCAAGAUCUCGCGCUGCCCACACCUGCUUAACUUCUUCAAGGUGCGCCCGGAUGACCUGAAGCUGCCCACGGACAGCCAAGCUAAAAAGCCGGAGACGUACCUGAUGCCCAAAGACGGCAGGGGCAACAUGGCAGACAUCACGGGGCCCCUCAUCCUGCAGACCUACCGCGCCAUCGCCACCUACGAGAAGAGCUCACCCUCUGAGAUGGCGGUGGCCACGGGCGACGUCGUGGACGUGGUGGAGAAGAGUGAGAGUGGCUGGUGGUUUUGCCAGACAAAGGCGAAGCGUGGCUGGGUCCCAGCAUCCUUCCUGGAACCUCUGGACAGCCCAGAUGAGGCAGAGGACCCCGAGCCCAACUAUGCAGGAGAGCCCUACGUGGUUAUCAAAGGCUACACUGCCGUGGAGGAUGACGAAGUGUCCCUGUUUGAGGGGGAUGCCAUCGAGGUCAUUCACAAGCUUCUGGAUGGCUGGUGGGUUGUCAGGAAGGAGGAUGCCACUGGCUACUUCCCGUCCAUGUACCUGCAGAAGGCGGGGCAGGACCCGGCGCAGGGCCCGCGUCCGGGCAGGGGCAGAGGCGCCCCGCCUCGCAGGUCCACCAUUCGCAACGCGCAAAGCAUCCACCAGCGGUCGCGGAAGCGCCUCAGCCAGGAGACCUACCGCCGCAACAGCGUCCGUUUCCUGCAGCAGCGCCGCCGCCCCAUGCCCAGCACUAGGGGAACACUAAAUGCCCUAAGCACGCAGCAGGCCGCCCCUCAGAUGCCGCUGCAUGCGAAGCCACAGCCCGCAGUCCCCCCAAGGCCCAGCGCCGAUCUCAUUCUGUACCGCUGCAGUGAGAGCACCAAGCGCAAACUGGCGCCCGCCGUCUGAGCUCCCGGCCGCCCGAAGCCACCCACCCAUGUACAUACAUAUAUAGCCUGCUUAUGGAUUCCUGGCACACCGGGUCUCUCUCCCCCCCUCAAUAAACACUGUUUGG